UGGCUUGCCACCAUUUUCAAGAUUGAUAACAGAAUCGACUGGUAGAAAAAAGAAAAGUCGAUUGAAAUGAGACAGUCGGUCUUGUGACCGAGCAGAGUAGAAGACCACGAGUAUCUGUGAUCAAAUCAAGGUUUGAUUCAUUCAUGAUUAGAGCUGCGCUACAGUGAACGUGCACGCGCCCGCUGGUUGCUCGCAGGCACGCGACCAGUCCGUCUGGUUAACGGACUAACCUGAGGACUUGCAGCGACCCAGGGGCAGCAUGGAGUUUGAGGAGUCCGGAAUUGGCGAGGAGUGCGGGGUUUUCGGAUGCGUGGCCGCCGGAGAGUGGCCCACGCAGCUGGAAGUGGCUCAGGUGCUCACUCUGGGACUGGUGGCUUUACAGCACAGAGGUCAGGAAAGUGCAGGGAUAGUCACAAGUGAUGGAGCAAGUCCCCCAGUAUACACAAGCCACAAGGGCAUGGGAUUAGUGAGCACGGCUUUCCCACCAGAGGCUCUGCUUAAACUGCGCUACGGUAACCUUGGCAUCUGUCACACACGCUAUUCAACGACAGGGAUCUCAGAGCUGCAGAACUGCCAGCCCUUUGUUGUGGAUACGCUGCAUGGCAGGAUUGCUGUGGCACACAAUGGAGAGCUGGUUAAUUCCCGUGCCUUGCGGAAAAAGGUGAUGCGCCAUGGCGUCGGCCUUUCCACUUGCUCAGACAGUGAGCUCAUCACCCACCUGCUGGCGCUGACCCCGCCCAUGGAGGAGCUGGACACACCUGACUGGGUUGCUAGAAUUAAAAACCUCAUGUCGGAAACGACCACCUCAUACUCACUGCUGGUCAUGUUCAAAGAUGUCAUCUACGCAGUGCGAGAUCCUUAUGGGAACCGGCCCCUCUGCAUCGGAAAGCUUGUUCCCAUCUCCAGGCUCCACAGUCCAGGUGCAGAGGAGGAGGACACUGAAGGUUGGGUUGUGUCCUCAGAGUCCUGCAGCUUCCAGUCCAUCGGAGCAAAAUAUUACAGAGAGGUCUUACCAGGGGAAAUAGUUCAGCUAUCCAGGCAUGGAGUCAAGUCUCUGAGUGUUGUUCCCCGCCCUGAAGGAGACCUGCCUGCUUUCUGCAUCUUUGAAUACGUUUAUUUUGCCAGACCAGACUCCAUUUUUGAAGGGCAGAUGGUGUACAGUGUGAGGCAGCGCUGUGGUCGGCAGUUAGCCAUAGAGGCUCCAACAGAUGUGGAUCUGGUCAGCACAGUGCCAGAGUCUGCGACCCCUGCUGCUCUAGGCUACGCUCUGCAGGCUGGCCUCCCAUACAUGGAGGUUCUAUGCAAGAACCGCUAUGUUGGAAGAACAUUUAUUCAACCAAAUACCCGUCUGAGGCAGCUUGGGGUCGCCAAGAAGUUUGGGGUGCUGACUGACAACUUUGCAGGGAAACGGGUGGUGCUUAUUGAUGACUCCAUUGUCAGAGGCAACACCAUCUCCCCCAUUAUUAAGCUGCUGCGGGAAGCGGGAGCAACAGAGGUCCAUAUCAGGGUGGCGUCUCCGCCUAUCAAGUUCCCCUGCUACAUGGGUAUCAAUAUUCCAACUAAAGAGGAGCUUAUUGCCAACAAGCCAGAGUUCAAAGACAUUGCUGGUUAUAUCGGUGCUGACAGCGUUGAGUAUUUAACCGUGGAGGGACUCCUAUCUGCCGUCCAGGAGGGAAUUGCCUCCUUCAAGGAGAACGAGAAAUUUGGCUCCGGGAAAAACGGAGUAGGCCACUGCACUGCCUGUCUCACUGGGAAAUAUCCAGUGGAAUUGGAAUGGUAACUGGGACAGCACAAUGGAGGGACUCUGCUCACAACUUUAUACUUACAGUUGAACUUUAGAGCUUUUUUUCCCGUUAUUGCUGGAUACUGUGAUUACUUUGAACUCAUCAAUAACCUUUAUGUAUAAUUGUUUCUUUUGUAUGUGUAUAAAUCAAAUGUAUUUACAAAAAUGUAUACUUUUCUGUGUAAUCCAAGUAUUUCCAAACAACAUUAAAAUGUUAAGACACACAAAAGAGUUGAGACCAAAAAAAAGAAACCUUUGUUUUGCCAAUAUAUUUUUAACCCUUUCAACUUUAAUAAAUGAAAUGUAACCAUUGUA